GGAAAAACUCUUAAAAAUCUGGUAACCAUCACCUCAUUCUAGCCAGGAAGAAGAGGAAUUUCAGAAGGGGAGUAUGCAGAGCAGCAGAGAACAGCAAAGCUGACCUGGACCCCUGAGCCGCCUCCCCCCUCCCACCUGAACCAGAGUUGAGACCACUUGGUGACAGCUGGAGCAGGUGCCAACGCAGCAAUCUCUCCGAGCAUGUGACCUCCACUGCUGAUUUCUACCCAGAGGACACAAGCAUAUGAGUUCCCAAAGAAUGUAAAGCAGCCACAGGAAGUUAGGAAGGGGUUGCUAGUUUAAAACAAACACAGGGCUUCCUACAUAAGGACCAGACAGCUACCGGGCACCACUUCCACCAGGAAUCCCAGGCCCACCUGACACCAUGCCCUCCCUGGGGACCGUGUGCAGCCUGCUGCUCUUCAGCGUGCUGUGGGCAGACUUGGCCAUGGCAGGCUCCAGCUUCCUGAGCCCCGAACACCAGAAAGUACAGCAGAGAAAGGAAUCCAAGAAGACACCAGCCAAACUGCAGCCCCGAGCUCUAGAAGGCUUGAUCCACCCAGAAGACACAAGUCAAGUGGAAGGGGCAGAGGAUGAACUAGAAAUCCGGUUCAACGCCCCUUUUGAUGUUGGAAUCAAGCUGUCAGGGGCUCAGUACCACCAGCAUGGCCAGGCGCUGGGGAAGUUUCUUCAGGACGUCCUUUGGGAAGAGGCCGAUGGAGAGCAGACUGGGCUGGGAUUUCCAAGUGGCUCAGAAGAGAGGUGAACACAGUCUUUGUAUUUCAAGAGCACGCUCGCUAUGUUCCAAGAACUAGCACACUAACUUUGGGGCCCAGGGAACCCCAAUAUCCUAACCAUAAAAUGCAGCUAACACUCACUGUGAGUGCAUAAAAUUAUACCUUUAUUAUAUAACUUCACCUCGUGAACAAAAGGAAUUAGUGCUAUCAUCAGAAUAGGCUCUUCUGCACCCAGUGAAGCAACGAUUUCUUGCUUUUGUUCUGAAUCCCUUCUUGGCUUAUAAAAACAAACCACUCAUUUGUUCCUGGUCACGGGGGCCAACACCUGCCUUUGGAAGCACAUUACAACCUGCAAAGCACUUCCCUAACUAACACGGUGUCACCCUGUACCCUCACCAACCACAUGAGGUAGGCAGGGAGCAUGGCACUUACCUGGGGGGUGCAGAGAAGGAAACCGAGGCUCGGCUUUUAGGUGACAAGAUCAACUCACACAGUCCACACACCAAGGCCAAUGCCUCCUCCCCGCAUUACAACACACUACCUCCGACAUCGCCAUUGUGGAAGAAAAGCCAUCUAUGAUGGCACUGGCAGGACAGUGGACACUGAAUUUUGACCUCUUCCUUUUCAGAGGUCCUGGCAGAUGAGUGAUCAUCCACUAGAACGACCCACUUGCUUUCCUCCCAACCUGACAGCGCCCACCUGGCUUUUAAACUGUUUCUGCAACAACACCCAGUUCUGAGU